AUGGGUAAAUGUAAUGUCUCCAGAAUUCGGGAUUGGACCGAAAUCUUUAGAUCACCACUGGAUACUGUUGUGAAGCAUUUACAUCUUCAACACAAUGUGAUCCAGAGUACACUACAGGCUACGAUCUUUACCUUCUUACAGAUCCAGAAUCCCAAGUAUGAAGCUAACAACCUGCUUGGACGUAGGAUUGAGCAGACGCGACAUGAACUGCUGUGCCAUCAGUCACAGACCCAACACAUCUACUGCUCGAUUCCACCUCUCCAGCACCAGUACUCUGGCAUUACCAGCUAUCCUAGGACCGGUCCUCCUACUGACCAGUACCUCUAUCAGAGGAAUACAGCUCGUGUUACCCAAGAAUCUCACAAUCUGCUCUACCCUAAACCCAUUUACUCAUACAGCAUUCUAAUCUUCAUGGCACUGAAGAACAGUAAAGCUGGAAGUUUGCCUGUCAGUGAGAUCUACAACUUCAUGACUGAACAUUUUCCUUACUUUAAGACAGCACCAGAUGGCUGGAAAAACUCAGUGCGACACAACCUGUCCCUGAAUAAAUGUUUUGAGAAAGUGGAGAACAAGUCUGGAGGUACAUCCCGAAAAGGCUGUUUGUGGACCCUGAACCCCAAUAAGAUCCAGAAGAUGCAGGAGGAGCUGCAGAAGUGGCGAAGGAAAGAUCCCGGGGCUGUGAGAAAGUGCAUGGCCAAACCAGAUGAGCUGGAAAAAUUAAUUGGAGAAAAACCCGAUCAAACAAAAUCCACAAUAAUGACAUCCGUUUCCCUCUAUCCACAAACGCCAUUGUCUCCACUACAUGCUCAGGAUCAUUCCCACUCUGUGCAACUGGGACACUUUCAACAUCCACAUGUAAUUCCCAAUCCUCAGCUUCAACCAUACAGUGAGGCUGCGGUGCAGGCAAACAUGAACCAGAAUUGUUCCAAUCAUGCAGCAACUCAACUUCAACUCGACCAGCUUCAGCUCUAUAGCCAGCCUAGUGCACACAGCAACACUGCUCAAGAGUCCCCCAUGGCAGGACAGACAGCUCUGAUUCCCAGCAUCACUGAGAUCAGCAGCCAACUGCUCACAGAGAAAUCCCUGAUCAAAGAUAUGCAUGACAUCUUCUUGGAAGGAGAUAUCAACACAGAUAUCGAUGCACUCAAUCCCAGUCUUGUAGACUUUGAACUUCAAGGUAAUCUGUGGGAGGUGCUGAAGGAUGAGAAUUUAACUCCAUAUCAAGCAGUGUCUGUGCCUCCACAAUGGCCAUCAUUGUUUCCGCUUGCCUGGAACACCUCUCCAACAGGCAAUAAAGCAGUCACCAGCCCUGGGAGCAGCACUGAGCAGAACCUGACCGAGUCCCAGCUAACUGACAUCUACACCAACCACAUCAGUGUUGACACCAAGCCCAGCUCCAAUCCAAUAGCACUGGUCUGA